AUGUUUUUUUUGUUGUAAUUAAUUGCAUUACCAAGAAAUUGGUUAAUGUUAAUUAUGUAACAAAUACAUCCAUGUUAAUUGUUUUCAGCUCUUCUCUAAUAUAAACUCCAGUUAGGGGGAUCUAUUGCAACAUUUUUAUUGUUUUUCAUUAGAAGGCUACAUCCUGAUGUAUAAUUGAUAUUUAUCAAGAAAAUGGAGAUGUCCAAUUUAUAAAGCUAAAAUAUUUAAAUUAUAGUUUGAUGCUUAUUAGUAUGAAAUUUUAAAAUCAAUCAGGUAAUUUGGUUGAUAAGAAUGUAUUUCUGGAUCUCAUUUGAUUUUUAAGGCAAUAUUUUAGAUGAAUUCAUUUCAAAAUCUAUUGAUUAUAGUAUCAUUCCAGAGAUAGCCAAACUAAAUAAUAUUAGAAUACCAUCGUUAUAGAAACUAUGUAGUCAUUUAAAUUAAAAGGAGGAUUAUGAGAUCUAAAGUAAUUCAAAAUUAAAAAAUCCUAAAUCUAUUGUUAAUUACAAUCAUUGA